AUGUCGUCAACGGCCUCUGUGAAUGCCACAGGACAGCUUCUUGUUGCUCCCUCCGAGCCCUUUGCUAGUCGACCCUUGAGCACCUCAACAGACACUAUCAGGCUUCUCACCAUUGAGCCCGAGUCGAGCAAGCAAGGAUACCUCGUUUGCAGUCUUCACGUCGCCUCAUUUUCUCCGCCACGAAAGUACGAGGCUCUGUCCUCCGUUGGGGCGAUGAGGCUGUCAGUCGACGGCCGUGACUUUCCGAUUGACUGCGGCAAAUCCGUUCUGGACGUUUGGGCAGACACGGUCCACUUCAUGGGCCGUAGGAAUCUCCAGGCAGAGAGGAAUGGCGAAAAAGCAGCCUUUUGCAAACUACUCAGGAACUUGUUGGGAGGGGACAAGAUGCGGAGCCUCAUGCAGUUCCAGCACAAGCCGGGCAGCCAGUCCCUCUAUGACCAUCUGCGCGCCGAAGGAAGAGACGAGUGGGCGGCGUUUUCUUUCGAACUUACGACGACGUGCCUGGGCAGCAUCAUCUCCAUGGGGCCUUUGAUUUCGGAAUUGCGCGCGUUGCUUGACCUCGCGGACAAGUGGGAGGCGGAGCUGCAGCGCGUCUAUCGCAACGAGUAUGAAGAUGUCCUCGACGCGGCGCACCAAGAGCACGACGUGCUGAUGCAGCAUAUUCUGGACGACAGUGACUCAGAACUGCCCAAGUUGACGUGUUUCGAAAAUCACCGAAUAGACUUCAUCACGACGGACCACAUGCAUUCUCUAUAUCCGUAA